UAAAAGAAAAAAAAAUCCCAAAAAAUUCGUUAUUUAGUUAGCGAGAUUUGAUGCAGUCUAGUUGCAGCAGCUGAAGAAAUGUUUGCAAUAUGCAUUCUUGGAUUGAUAUCUGGAACUAAAACUGUAAUUGGAGGAGAUGUACUUAUGGUGAUUGGUGGACAAUUUUUUAAUGCUUCUAGCAGAGAACAUGAAACCGUUAGCUCAGUGGAGAUUAUUGGGGAAAAUGCUGUUUGUGAGAUCGAUAGUUUACCCACCCCACUGUAUGGGAUGUCAGCAGGAAGAGUUGGGGAUAGAGUGUAUGUUUGUGGAGGCUUCUAUUACUACUACAGGUUGCUCUGCUAUGAGUACUCUCGCACAACUGGACGUUGGACUGUGUCUAGAACCGGUUUGGAGAGUGCUAAUGCUUAUAUGGCUUCGUACAGUGCAGGAAACCAGUUCUACCUAGCAGGGGGUAGAGACUAUAGGGGUGGGGAUGGGAGCAAUGUUGAGGAUUGGUUAUACACAAGUUCUAUCAAUAAACUGCAAAAUAGAAGAUUUGAAAAGAUUGCUAAUCUACCUGAACCUAUUGCAGAUGGUUGUAUAGUCGUCACAAAUAUAACAGGAAAGCAUCGAUUAUGGUUGAUCGGAGGUUCUAAUAUUCCUCAACGGUAUAAGAGUGAAGUGUAUAGUUUAGACCUCGGCGCUGGUACUUGGAGUAAACAACCUGAUAUGCCAGAACAACGUAUGUGGCCAGCAUGCAUUGUCACUACUGUCGAGGGUACUCUUGGUAUACUGGUAGCAGGAGGAUACUUUAAUGGCGGAUCAAGCAUUUGGUUACCCCUGGUCGAUAGAAAUGGAAUAUCUUUGGAAACCUAUGAAUUAACUUUGGACCAACCCCGAUGGGAAUGGUUAAGUAGCUUAACGAUGGCUAGAAAAUGGGGAUCUGCGAUUGGCUAUGUAAAUGGCAAGCUUACUCUUGCAGGGGGAGGUGAUUAUGGAGAUAACACUAUAGAACAUCUCAUUGGUAGAGAUUGGUUGAAGAGCAAUCUGACCAUGAAGUAUAAACGUGAAUUCACAGCAGGUUUUUAAUCAUACUUAAAAUUU